GUCAGCUGAUUUACUGCAGCGGCGGCGGCGGCGGCGGCUCCUUGCAGCCGGGGAGGGGAGCUGGCAGGUCGGACUCGGAGCCGCCCACCCCAAUACAUCCCCCGACCCCCCGAAUCUGACUUCGCCUGGUCCUCCUCAAGGCCGGGCACCCCCCGGGGUGAGCUGACAGGCAAGUUCGCCGCAGGACAUGGAGCUGUGACAGACAGGCAGAAUUGAAGACACAAUGGCAGGAAACAGCCUUGUUCUACCCAUCGUUCUUUGGGGGCGCAGAGCCCCGACACACUGCAUCUCUGCAGUGCUUCUAACUGACGAUGGGGCCACCAUUGUCACUGGAUGCCAUGAUGGGCAGAUUUGUCUUUGGGAUCUUUCUGAAGACCUGGAAGUUAAUCCCCGAGCACUGCUGUUCGGUCAUACGGCUUCCAUCACUUGUUUGUCUAAAGCUUGUGCUUCCGGUGAGAAACAAUAUAUUGUCAGUGCAUCUGAAAGUGGAGAGAUGUGUCUCUGGGAUGUGAAUGAUGGCAGAUGUAUUGAAUUUACAAAACUCGCCUGCACACAUACUGGCAUACAGUUCUAUCAGUUCUCUGUUGGGAACCAGCGAGAAGGAAGGCUUUUAUGCCAUGGUCAUUAUCCCGAGAUCCUUGUCGUGGAUGCCACCAGCCUUGAGGUAUUAUAUUCUCUGGUAUCAAAGAUCUCUCCAGAUUGGAUCAGCUCUAUGAGUAUCAUUCGGUCCCACCGGACACAAGAGGACACUGUGGUAGCUCUCUCAGUGACAGGCAUCUUAAAAGUGUGGAUUGUCACCUCCGAGAUCAGUGGCAUGCAGGAAACUGAGCCAAUAUUUGAGGAAGAAUCAAAACCAAUUUAUUGUCAGAAUUGCCAAAGCAUUUCUUUUUGUGCGUUCACACAGAGAUCACUUUUGGUUGUUUGCUCCAAAUAUUGGAGGGUGUUUGAUGCCGGUGACUACUCCCUCUUGUGCUCGGGUCCCAGUGAAGAUGGGCAGACGUUGACUGGAGGUGACUUCGUGUCAGCAGAUAAAGUGAUCAUUUGGACUGAAAAUGGGCAGAGUUAUGUUUACAAACUACCUGCCAGUUGCCUUCCUGCUAGUGAUUCAUUUCGAAGUGAUGUGGGGAAAGCAGUUGAAAAUUUAAUUCCCCCUGUCCAACAUAGCCUCUUGGAACGAAGAGAAAAAGAGUUGCUCAUUUGUCCUCCUGUUACGCGAUUCUUCUAUGGAGGCAAGGAAUCCAUCCAUAAACUAUUAAUUCAGGGCGAUUCUUCUGGAAGAUUGAAUAUUUGGAGCAUCUCAGACACUCCCCACAAAAAGAAAGGUGAAGAUAAGACCUCCAGGGAACUGCGAGUGACAACUUCCGUGAGUUUGCAAGAGGCCUUCGACAGACUCAGCCCUUGCCCCGCGGGAAUCAUAGAUCAGCUGAGCAUGAUUCCCACUAGUCAGGAGCCUCUGAAGGUGACGGCCAGUGUGUACAUCCCAGCCCAUGGGCGGCUUGUGUGUGGUCGUGAGGACGGUAGCAUUGUCAUCGUGCCCGCCACGCAGACGGCCAUCGUGCAGCUGUUGCAGGGGGAGCACAUGCUCCGCAGAGGUUGGCCGCCUCAUAGGACGCUCCGUGGCCAUCGGAACAAAGUCACGUGUUUGCUGUAUCCUCAUCAGGUCUCAGCUCGUUACGAUCAAAGAUACCUGGUGUCUGGAGGUGUGGAUUUUUCAGUCAUUAUUUGGGACAUAUUUUCUGGAGAAAUGAAGCAUAUCUUCUGUGUGCACGGUGGUGAGAUUACUCAGCUUCUAGUUCCACCUGAAAACUGUAGUGCCAGAGUGCAACACUGUGUGUGUUCUGUGGCCAGUGACCACUCAGUUGGACUUCUGAGUUUACGUGAGAAAAAGUGCAUCAUGCUGGCUUCUCGCCACCUUUUCCCCAUUCAAGUAAUUAAGUGGAGGCCCUCUGAUGAUUACCUGGUUGUGGGGUGCUCGGAUGGCUCUGUGUAUGUCUGGCAGAUGGACACUGGUGCCCUGGACCGCUGCGUGAUGGGAAUCACAGCGGUGGAGAUCCUGAAUGCCUGUGAUGAAGCCAUUCCUGCCUCGGUGGACUCACUCAGUCACCCUGCAGUCAACCUCAAGCAGGCCAUGACCCGGAGGAGCCUUGCUGCCCUAAAGAACAUGGCGCAUCAGAAGCUGCAAACCCUCGCGACCAAUCUUUUGGCUUCGGAAGCAUCCGACAAGGGAAAUUUACCUAAAUAUUCCCAUAACUCCCUGAUGGUUCAAGCAAUAAAGACCAACUUAACAGACCCGGACAUCCAUGUGCUUUUCUUUGAUGUGGAAGCGCUGAUUAUUCAACUCCUGACCGAAGAAGCCUCUAGGCCGAAUACUGCGCUUAUUUCCCCUGAGAAUUUACAGAAAGCAUCUGGCAGCUCCGACAAAGGGGGCUCUUUUCUAACUGGAAAACGUGCUGCGGUCCUCUUCCAACAAGUCAAAGAAACCAUCAAAGAGAACAUCAAGGAGCACCUCCUGGAUGAUGAGGAUGAGGAUGAAGAGCUGAUGCGGCAGCGACGGGAGGAGAGUGAUCCUGAGUAUCGAGCUAGCAAGUCUAAGCCACUGACGCUCUUGGAGUACAACCUGACCAUGGACACGGCCAAACUGUUCAUGUCCUGCCUGCAUGCCUGGGGCCUCAACGGUGUGCUGGAUGACGUGUGUCUUGAGCGCCUGGGCAUGCUGAAGCCUCACUGCACUGUGUCAUUUGGGCUCCUGUCCAGAGGUGGCCACAUGUCGCUGAUGCUCCCGGGUCAUAAUCAGGCUGCUCUCAGACUGUCCACAGAGGGAGUAGGAAAGGGGACUUACGGAGUGUCCCGUGCCGUCACCACCCAGCAUCUCCUGUCCAUCAUCUCUCUGGCCAAUACCUUAAUGAGUAUGACCAAUGCAACUUUCAUUGGUGAUCACAUGAAGAAGGGCCCUGCCAGGCCACCUAGACCAAGCACCCCAGACCUGUCUAAGGGAAGGGGUUCCCCGGCAGCUUCCAGUAAUGUCGGGCAAGGACAGAUCAAACAAGUUGCCGCACCUGCUUGGUCUGAUGCUGCUCCCUCUGGCUCUGACCCCGUUCCUCCUCCUGCUUUACAUACCUGUUUCUUAGUAAAUGAAGGCUGGAGUCAGCUAGCUGCCAUGCACUGCGUCAUGCUUCCAGACCUGUUGGGCUUGGACAAGUUUCGGCCUCCGCUUCUCGAGAUGCUGGCCCGGAGAUGGCAAGAUCGAUGCUUGGAGGUGAGAGAAGCUGCCCAAGCCCUGCUGCUUGCAGAGCUGCGAAGGAUUGAGCAGGCAGGACGCAAAGAGGCCAUUGAUGCCUGGGCACCGUAUUUACCUCAGUACAUGGACCACGUCAUAUCACCUGGAGUCACAGCAGAAGCAAUGCAGACCAUCAGCACUGCCCCAGAAUCGUCAGGCCCAGAAGCCAGAGUCCAGGAGGAAGAGCACGACCUGGUGGAUGAUGACAUUACGGCUGGUUGUUUAUCAAGUGUGCCACAAAUGAAGAAAAUGUCUACAUCUUACGAGGAAAGAAGGAAGCAAGCUACUGCAAUCGUUCUACUAGGUGUCAUCGGAGCUGAAUUUGGGGCUGAGAUUGAACCUCCUAAACUGUUGACGAGGCCACGAAGUUCCAGUCAAAUUCCUGAAGGUUUUGGUCUGACUAGUGGAGGAUCCAACUACUCACUGGCCAGACAUACUUGCAAGGCGCUGACUUUUCUUCUGCUCCAGCCACCGAGCCCCAAGCUUCCUCCGCACAGCACCAUCAGGAGAACAGCCAUUGACCUGAUUGGCCGUGGUUUCACCGUGUGGGAGCCUUACAUGGAUGUGUCUGCUGUCCUCAUGGGGCUCCUGGAGCUUUGCGCGGAUGCCGAGAAGCAGCUCGCCAACAUCACAAUGGGGCUGCCUCUGAGCCCCGCUGCUGACUCCGCCCGCUCAGCACGGCACGCCCUCUCUCUCAUUGCCACGGCCAGACCACCCGCCUUCAUCACCACCAUAGCCAAAGAGGUGCACAGACAUACAGCUUUGGCCGCCAACACCCAGUCACAGCAGAACAUCCAUACCACAACGCUGGCACGAGCCAAAGGGGAGAUCCUGAGGGUCAUCGAGAUUCUCAUUGAGAAGAUGCCCACAGAUGUUGUGGAUCUACUGGUGGAGGUUAUGGACAUCAUCAUGUAUUGCCUGGAAGGUUCGCUGGUGAAAAAGAAAGGUCUCCAGGAAUGUUUUCCCGCCAUCUGCAGGUUCUACAUGGUCAGCUAUUAUGAGCGGAGUCACAGGAUCGCUGUGGGAGCACGCCACGGUUCAGUGGCCCUGUACGACAUCCGGACCGGGAAAUGUCAGACAAUCCAUGGACACAAGGGACCAAUCACUGCAGUGGCCUUUGCUCCUGAUGGACGGUACCUUGCCACCUACUCCAAUACUGACAGCCACAUUUCUUUCUGGCAGAUGAACACUUCGCUGCUGGGGAGCAUCGGGAUGCUCAACUCGGCCCCACAGCUGCGCUGCAUCAAGACCUACCAGGUGCCCCCCGUGCAGCCAGCCUCCCCUGGCUCCCACAAUGCCCUGAGACUGGCCAGGCUCAUCUGGACAUCCAACCGCAAUGUCAUUUUGAUGGCCCAUGACGGCAAGGAGCACCGCUUUAUGGUCUAAGGCCUGCAGCCGGCAGCCCCACAACUACAUCCUUUGCUUCCUCUGUCCCGGCUGCCUCCAUCCUGUCCUGUGCCCCUUGCCCUGGCCCCAACUACAGCAGCUGCCCAGGGCAGAGCCGGUUUCUGUCAUCAUCCUCCAGGGCAGGUAUUGCUCAGGAAGGUGCCUCCCUUCAGGAGGUAGCCUACUGGGUCGUCAGGGGAGUCAGGAGCCUGAACAUCAGUGAGCACUGUGACCAUGGCAAGGACCAUGUUGUCCUGCUCUGCGGGUCUGCUCUGACAGGUAGCUGGCACCCAGACUUGGGGACAGGGAAGUUCGGAGGGACACGGGGCAGUCCUGAUGACCGAAAUCCCUUCCCUUUGGAUGUCCUCCCACACACUGUUGUUUACCAAAAGGAUUCUGCGUUUACAUGUUCCUUUUCCUCCAGUGAUUACAGUUUAGCCCCCACCCCCACCUCCUUUAACAGGAUACCCAAUUGGAGAUUUAAGGAAGAAUGCCCCCAUCCCUGUGAGUUUCCCUUGUGGAGAAUAUGGCUUUCCAGAUACCUUCCAAGUCCUCCAAGAUGCUCAUAUUCUGCUUAAGUGCUAGUAUUGUUUAAAAUUUAAAAACAAAGACACCAGUACUUAGGGCCUAAUUAUUAGAAUUGUCCAGUCACUUAAGACUAAUCUUGUGAGGGGCUUUGGGAAUGAGGAGCCCAGUUGUUGGGAGUAGAAUGGAUACUUGGAUAGGAGACUCUGGUGUUUCUCGUUGUAGAUCUUUGCCUUUGGGCACAUGCUCACCCUGUCCCUCCAGAAUACUAGAGUCAUGAGUUGCCAUGUGUUCAGCCUGUGUCCCUUAUAUCAUGCGAUAGUUACAACCAGCCUUCUGCCUAUCAGUCAGAGCUAAACUACAAUGGCAUCUCUUUUCAGCAGCAUGCCAGAAAACUAGUAACUAUUGCACAGGCCUCCAGGAACACAUGUCCAGCUCCAGGAGUUCUUGGGACAUUACAGAGAGGGUGUUUGUCACACACACAGAGUAAGCCGGCUCUAGGGAGCCUUCUCCUCCCUGCUGGCUCUUGUUCAUUGUCGUGGGAGAAGUAUAAGAUUAGAUUCUUUUGUAUUAAUGCUCUUGACCAGAUUUGAUCUGUAUAUAGUGGGGGAUUUGCUUGGUUAAUUGUUGAUAGGAUGAGAAAUUAGGCAGAACUGUUUGUUCAACACAAAAGUAGAUGAUUUGUGAAAUUCAUAGAAAAUGGGAGAAACCAAAAAAAGCAGAGAGCAUCAAUUUAUGUACUACAGCCCCCAAAAGUAGGAUAACCGUCCAGGAACAAAUCUCUCUGUGAGAUCUUUCAAGAACAUGUGAAGAAAUGAAGGUCCUUCGAAUGUUUCACAUAGAUGUAGAUAGGAAGUGUUUUAUUUCCACUGGUGGCAAACCCCGUAACAUUCCUUGGUUUUAGUCUUUGGGUGUUCUUCCAAGAGUGGAUUCGUGCCACUUGCAUGUACAUUGUAUUUAUAAAGAUUAUAUAUAUAUAUAGCUUUCCAGGAAGAACAAAGAACUAUACACAUGUGUGGUGAACUGACUCUUGUAUCCGCUAGUGACAGAGAAACCUGGGGCAAACAAAAGCGUGCUUGUUACCCGGUAGGUGAGCAGCUAAGCCCAGUCUCCUGAGAUCCAGCACUUAUUUUAUGUACCUCAGUGGGUUUCUGUGUUUAUUAUAGUCAAUACAGCUGUUUGGGAAUGACGAAGUCCUUGUAUACCAUAGAUAUAUUUGAAAACAAAGUAUUUGAUGCGUGAGGAGAAGGAAAAGUAUGGCAAGGAGGCAGGAUGGGAUGCUCAGAGAGGGUCAGAGCUGCAGUGAGUCCCGGCCAGUCUCCCUCACCAGCCCGUGGACUGUCAGGGUGCUGGAAUUCUGAGGUGGAUGAUGUUUGCUGGUUAAACCAACCUUUCCAACUGUUAGCUUAAGACUUGCAUUCUUGUUACCACAGAGCUUUCUCCUGUCUUGGCAACCACAGUUGUAGACUUCAUCUACAAUUAGGUUUCUCAGCACUGUAGUAAACUUUGUUCAGUCAUCCCCCAUGUGCACUUUAGUGUUUUAUCGAUUUCCUUGGCGCUGUAUUUGGACCUGUCCUUGUAAAUGUGGAAACACACGUGGCUUCUUCAUUGGUCAUUGAAAAGCAGAAUAUGACAGGGCAUGAGACACCCGUGUAAAAAUGGAGCCAGAGUGCUCACGGGGUCCCGCAAGUAGACAACUUUGUCUGCCUCUCAAAACAUUACUGGAUGAUCCAACUAAACAGAUUCUGUAAGUGUUGAAUGUCCCCAUGUACAUAUGUGUGUUAAAUAAAACUGAAUUGUACCAAA